AUGGACGUGAGCCAGAGGGGAGGAAGGCGAGCACGCGCCCCUGCGCCAUGGCCGGCAGUCGUGCGCUUCGUUGUCGCGACCUCCCAGAGAGUCACCCUCUCCCCCGCCCAGCAUGCGUCAGCAGGGCGCCCUCGCCUACGGCACUCGCCGUCCUCCGACACACGCCCUAUUCGGGGCUGGAAAGGGCAGCCGGAGGGCGUGGGGCCGCGUCUGUUUGCUCGUGGCCGCCGCCCGCCCUUGCGGUGCGCGGGAGGCCGCGGCGUGCGGGGCACCUCGCCCCUGCUUCCCUCACCACCACCCUCGCUCCCUUGCCCCUCCCCCUCUCCAGACUCACUGGCAUAUCCCGUCUCGCUACCCACCCACCCGCCCUCCCACACGCACGCACGCACACACCGCCGCACACAAGCCCUCAUCCUCGCCACCACACCCCACGGCCCACAGCAUCUGCGCCUGGUGCGCCAUGCCCCUCGACAGCAGCAGCACGCACCGGCGCCGCAGCGACGCCGCACGCCUGAUGCGGCUCGCCGCAGCGGGCCUCGUCAUGGCCGUCGGUGCCGCCGCCGUGUGGGCGCAGGCCGCCGGCCAUCACUGCAUCCACGACAAGCUGCAGACCCGCGUGCUGCAGUCGGUGGCGCAGCAGCGCAGGCCUCCCGGCAGCGUCUCGGCCCUCGGUCUGCCCUACGUGUCCGCCGGCACCAUCAGCAGCGCUCACACCGUCGACUGGGCGCUGGCCGACAGCACGUCGCCGAGUGUCGCACGCGCCACGGACUGGGGCACGCUGCGCAUCGCCGUCUCCACCGCAGACCUCACGGACCCCGACUACCACUGCACUCGCGUCGGGCAGCGUGUGAGCAACCACAUUGGCGCCAUCGUCACCUGCACUGCCGAGGACAUCCUCACGGAGGAGAAGCGCGACAUCCUCGUCAACUACCUCAUCCCGCAGGCGCUGCAGCUGCAAGCGGAGCGGCUGAGGGUGAGGCAGGUGCAGGGCAGCUGGAGGGUGACCGGCAUGACGGGCCCAAUCUGCGGCGACUUCAGUGUCCCCCCGGCUCACCUUACCGCUGGCGUCAGCAACGCCGACUUCGUGCUGUACGUCGCCUCGGUGCCGAGCGAGCCGGGCGUGCUGGCGUGGGCCACGACCUGCCAGGUGUUCUCGGACGACCAUCCAGCCGUGGGUGUCAUGAACAUCCCUGCGGCGAACAUUGUGUCGCGCUACGACCAGGGCACCACGCGCACCGUGACGCACGAGGUGGCGCACGCCCUCGGCUUCAGCAGCGUGUUUUUCGAGAACGCCGGCAUCGUGAUGAACGUCACGAAUUUGCGCGGCAAGCCCUUUGCGGCUCCUGUGAUCAACAGCAGCACGGUGGUGGCCAAGGCGCGCGAGCAGUACGGCUGCCCCACCUUGGAGUAUCUGGAGGUGGAGGACCAGGGCGGCUCCGGCUCUGCUGGCUCGCAUCUUAA